AUGUCUUCUGAAAAUUCUACAAAGGACAAGGGUCAGAAUAGAUUUUAUAUAUCAAUUAGUCAAGAUGGAAAAUAUGCCGUCACGUUCGAUGCAGCAACCCUUCAAUUUAAAGUUUUGAAAAAUACCGACCAUCGCGAAUUUAUUACCUAUAAGAAAAAAAAUGAAGAUGAAAGCUCUGAACAAGACAAUUCCCAUAUUGAAAUAAGUCAUGAAGAUACCUCCAAGGAGCAAAAGGAAAACAAAAGUUCUGAAAUCAAUGAAACAAUUUCUCAUUUUAAAAUAAAGGAUAAUUUUUCUAUAGAAGUUUUUCACAAUAUCCCUCCGUCAUUCCAAAGUGACGCACGUGCAAAGGACAGAUGGUCGAUCGAUAUUUCCAAUAUAGUAAAGUGUGACGACGAAAGCUUUAUCUUUAUAGCAGCAUCUAAAAUAGAAAACAAAUAUAUGAAUAAUACUGAGAAUAGUACACGAAAUGAGAAUAUUAGAAUGAUUGUAAAAAAUCAUAAUGGGGAAGAUGUUUUUAUUAAUAUUUAUCCGGAAACUACAACAGAUUUUGGAACCGCUAUUUAUUGUCUUAAACUUAACGAUGGCGCAGAAAAUUCUUACAAUAAACUUGAAAUUAUUCAAUAUAAUUACAAUAGACUAUCAGGAAUUUGUAGAUUUGUAGAAGAUAUCGAUAAGGAUCCGGAGGGAAAGCAAGAGUUUGAAAAUUAUGUUGAAUCAUAUUAUGUUUUAAAAAAAUUUAUUUUAUUGAAUUAUAAUGGUAUAUAUAGCUUUAAAUAUAAUAAGGACGAUAAAAAUUUUAGCGAUAAUAAUGUAGAGAGAUUUAAACGUCCGGAAAAUGUCAUGAAUGAAUUUAAAGAUUCUCAGGAUUGCAUGGACCAACUCCUUUCACACAUUUAUAAAAAAUAUUUUGUAUAUGAAGAUGACGACAAAAAAGUUCUUGAAGUUUAUGAUCUAGGAGAAAUGAAAUUGGAAACUAGUAUAAAGAUUCGUGAAGACGAUCAAAAAAAUGAUGACAGGUGCAUAAGAGUUUACUCGAUCGACAAACAAAAAUUACAAUUUUGCUUUGCUCAAGGACCUCAAUCUAUUGGGUUAUUCCUUACGGAACAUGGAUCGAAAAUCGCAUCCAAAACGUUUGAAAAAAUCAAUAUACAUUUAAUAGAAUUCAUCAACAGCGACGAGAAAUUACUUUUGAUUGGGAGUGAUUCUGAAAAUGAUGAUGAUAUAAAAAUUAUUAUCUGGGAUAUGUAUGAUACUGACAAGGUUGAAGUAAUGCCAUUAGAAGAACUUACGGCGCAUAAUCUUAGUAGUUGCUUUGCUAUACCAGUUGGAGAACCAGAACCAUGGGUAACAAAAAAAUAUGAAAAAAAUUCUUUUUAUCUUUGUUAUAAUGAUUCAGAAGCUUUACAACUUAUAGUCGGUAUGUCCACGAUUCAAAUCUGGCAUCAAUUCCAUGAUAAAACAGAAAAGAAAAAAAAUCUUCCCAAUGAAGGGAGACCAUUUCUUGAAUUUAUUUGGACGAAUGGAAUUCCAGAUAAUCAAGAAAAUGAAGAGCAUAAAUUACGUAUUACAAAUGUUCGAUUUGGUUUGAAAUAUUUUCGCUUGGAGGUUUAUUGGUAUGAAAAAGACACAAAUAAAUUGAAUGAAGGAGAGAGUAAUUAUGAUGAAAAUUCAAUGAAUAAGGAAAAAAUAACUGAGAAAAAAAUGACGCAAAAAAUGGAAAAUAUGGAUAAAAUAGAUGGAAUGAUAUUAAGGAAAAAAAUAAUUAAAUGGAGUGAUAUUAAUGAGAGUAUGAAUGGAAUAAGAUAUGCAUGUGAGGCAUUAGAAUUCCUUAACGUUCGUACAAAAUCUUUUACAAGUUAUGAUAAAAUACAGAAAAAUAAUGAAAUGGUCAGAUAUAUUUAUCAUAUUAUCUCAAGAUUUGCUGCAAAACGACCACAACGAUAUAGACUACUUGAUGUUCGCUAUCAUGUUAUGAAGAAUUUAAUUCUUGGUGAUUGUGAUCAUUUAAUUCAUUACCUUUUAUUUGGGUCCGGUAUGGAUAUUUAUAUACCAAAAUGUAAAUUUUGGAUAGAAGAACGUAAAUGUAUUAUUAUAGAUGAAGACAAUCCUGUGGAUAUAAAAAUUGAUAAUGAGAAACGACCAGGAGUUCUUAAAGAGGAACUUGAAUAUCCAACGACAGAUGUGAAUUUAGCAAUUUAUAAUUGCAGAGAUCGCGAAUUAAAUGAUACAAUUAUUGUUACAUAUAUUUUGGAAUAUUAUUAUUUAUUUUAUGCAGAAGAUUUUGCUAAUUUGCUAAAGACGGUUUCUGAUGCAUAUUCUUUAUGCAAGAUAUUAAAUUAUGAUACUUAUACCAGUCUUUUAAAAAAUGAGUGGCAAACAUUUGUUAAGGUCCCUCCAAAGGAUCAAAAUCCUAAAAAAGAUUCGUGGAUUUGGUUGAAGAUCGAACCAAUAAUAUCCAAAUUUAAAUCGCCUAAGAAUGACCCAAAGGGCACUAGGUUUGCCAAGGGUGAAAAUGAAAAUGGUUACAAAUUAAUUAUUUUACAUAUUCUAUUGUUUUUAUUUAUACCACGAUGGUAUAAAGCUAACCAGGAUAAAUCAAAAUUAAUUAAAAUAAUUACAACUGAAGAUAAUGACGACAUAUUUGAUCUCCCAGUAAUCGAAUACAUAAUUUAUAAUUAUUGGUCGACAAUUUAUCUAUUUGCUACUGAAAUAUUGCAACUAUUUCAUCAUGGAAGUAUAAAAUAUUUGAAGAUAAUAUUUAAUUGGUUUGACCUACUUUCUAUUUUAUUACCUGUGGCAGUAAUGACCAAAUUGUUGUUUUAUACGUUUAAGAUUUCUAACGGCUUUGGAAGUAUUCAAGUAAUAGACUCUCAAUUAAUUGUGGAAAUAUCUUAUUCAAUUUUUAUAAUUUGGAUUGAAUUUGUAAAUUCUACAAUGAGUGGAAAUGCUACAAACCUAGCGACAAAUGAAACACUUCAGGUUAUACUGAAAUCCGAUUUUGAACCUACUGAUCAAAAUGAUAACCCAUUUUACUUUUUUCCCACUUCAUUAAUCGCUACAUAUUUUUGGAAUAAUGGUGACUUAGUUCAAAGGGAACAGUUUAGUUCUUGGUCUGUUGAAAUAUUUACUAUAAUUGCUAGCAUUUUGCUUGUAAUAGUUUUGCAAAAUAUGCUGAUUGCUAUUAUGGGUAAUGUAUAUGAAAGUGCAGCGGCUAAAAGUAAUCAAGCCGUAUUAAAAUAUAAAGCAAUACAAAUAUCGGAUUAUGAUGAUUUACAAUAUCGCUUUGAUUUUUGGUAUCAAGAUCCGGAAUUUAUUCCUUCUAAAAAACGCAUUAGAAAUUUCAAAAAUGCCAUUUAUCUUAAUGAUCAAAUUUCAGAGUUUGCUAAACAACUAGAUUACGAUCAACAUUCAAUUUGGCAAUUUGUUAAAGAGGGAUAA